UACUCGAAUCACCUUCUUCUUCUCGCCGCCGCCGCCACUAAAAACUCACUCGUAGUGUACGAAAAGUUACCACCUGACAUUGAGAAUUUUCAUUGGUCUUCUUCACCAUAGUUUUUUCUUACCAUCGUGUCAGUAGGUAGUUUUUUUUUUGUUCUCUUUUUCGUACUUACAUUCUGUGUCCUGCACUGCUUCCGCGAAAUAUGGUCGUGUUAUGCGCCACCGUCGGGCUUCUAUGGUCGUCGAUGCGAAUAACGUGCGAAUUUUCAUUCAUUUCAUAAGCAUAUUUCAUUCGAUCUCACUCGGUCUAUUUCGAUAUACUUAAUUGAAACAUGUGAUUCGAUUUACAUAACGUUUUUCGCGUUCGCCGUUUUCCAUUUCGCGAGCCUAAAAUAUGAGUGUCAGUGCUUUGGCUGUGUUUGUUAUUCUGAAUGGCAUGCAUAAAUAUGUGCCCGAUGACAGUAGCGUCUCCAAUGGUACCGUGGGCCAGCCCACUUACACGAUUAUGUGUUUCAAACGACUGGUGACCGGUAGACGUUUAAUAGAUCGCUACAUCAGACGAACAUUUCCAUGCGAUUCAUUGGCCAGAUGUCAGUUAGCGUGCACAAUUGAGCGAGAAUUCAUUUGCGAAGGCUUCAAUUACAGAUUCGCAACGAGCCCCGAAAUAGGCAGCAGUUGUCAAUUAACAGCGAUGCCCGGUAUGAACCUCGAUCUCACUCUGGACUUUAUCUCAGAUCGUGAUUACGAUUUUUACUCGAGAGACAGAAACGCGCCGGCUACUUGCGGACAGUUAACCUACGCUACGUGGAAUUACGGAGCAGGAGGUGGAGGCGGCGGUUACGGAGGAGGAUACGGAGGAGGUGGCGGUGGCGCUGGAGUUGGAGCUGGUGGUGGUGGUGGUUACGACAGAAGACCGAAUGUUGGAGCUGAUGGUUGGUGGUAUAAGCCACGAGAUCCUUGGUUACCCGAUGGCGUUUACGGAGUCAGGGUCCAACCACGAGUUGAUCCUUUGCCUCCGCCGCCGGAUACUUAUACACCUAGAUGGAACACCGGUCACGAAUGUUUUGUACGAGCUAGAACUGGUUUUCGACUCCAUAGGCAAGCCAUUGUAAUGACUUUGAACGCUGCAACGUUGUACGAUUGCGAAGUCGUAUGCGCCAACGAAAAAAAAUUCAUGUGCAAUAUAAUAAGCUACAGGUACAGUUCUGUUCCGUCCACCGAUAAUUGCCAAUUGGGCGAAAAAUCAUAUCGACAAUUGGAUAUUUAUUUCGAUUUAGUACCGGACAGAGAUUACGAUGUUUAUGUACGAAAUGAAUACAGUCGUCCGAAUUGCCAACCUACCAGGACUUGGGAUAGUGAUUGUUUCGAAAGAAUAAGAACUGGUUUGCGUUUGGAUACUUCAAUGGUGCGAUUUGCUGUAAACACCGACUCACUAGUGGAUUGUGAACUCAUCUGCCUUCAUAUUCGUCACUUCACUUGUCGAGCAUUCAGUUACAGAUAUGGCGUACCUAAAGGCAGCAGCGAAUACAAUUGCCUACUAACCGACAUCCCUGUGCCAGAAAUGGACCCACGACGCCACUUCAUCGAAGACAGAGACUGCGAAGUGUAUCAUCGUGGAAGCUACGGUCACGGCUGCGAAAUAGAUCGUUGGCCUUACAGCGGCUACCCUACAUCCAGCUACAUCCCAACCAACAAGAAGGAUUGGUUACCCGAGGUGCCAUUAAUGCCUCCUGUACGUCCGACAAUCGUUACAAUCACCACGACCUCAUUGCGACCACCUUACGAUCAACCCUCGACACCUCGUCCAGGAUCGGAUGUGCCUGGACAUUCGUUCUUCACGCCAACUGGUAAACCAUACUUGCCACCAGAUUACGGAUACCCUGGGCAUAAUAAUAAGGGUACUUACAAGCCACCUACAUAUUUGCCACCGCCUAAAGAUAAGCCUCAGCCUGUAUGGCCUGUCACUGGUUAUGAUGUACAGUCUAGUUCUAGAAAAAUGGAUAAGUUAUGCUACAUUCCUUAUGGAUCUCCGGCUCGUUUAUCAGCUGCUUCAGUGGGUAAUUCUGUACUGGUCGUUAAUGAACUUGAAUGCAAAGCUGAAUGCAGUCGAUCUAGGGAUCAAACCCAUUUCAAAUGUGCCACAAUUAGUUACUGGUCUGGACAUUGCGAACUGAGCGAUAUCGAGUUACGUGAUUUACGACCAGGCCAAGAUUUCACGCAACACGACUCGUACUGGUUGUUUUCGUGGGAUUUCACGAAUCCUCGUUGUUUCGUUCCUACUUAUAAGCCUCCAUCGGGUAGUCCUACUAAGCCUUCUUCAGGAGGUGGUAUCUGGCCUUCAUCGGGAGGCGGUGUUUGGCCCACAUCAGGAGGUGGUGUCUGGAGCAGUUACACAGUGACAGGGCGUCCCUGCAAAUGGGGCACUAAAUGCGCUCAUCGAGCUGACGCAGGAAUUUGGUCUUGCCCUGUCGAAGAUGGUGAUUGGGAUUACUGCUGCAGACCUGAUCAUCAUUGCGGAUAUUCGGAAGGAUACAGUUAUCCUUGGUGUUACGUUGGCAGCGUUUCCAGAGAGCAAUGGCGACCCUGCAGCGAAUCCUACAGACCGUAUCAAGAGCAUAAAAGAAAAGCUCCUCAUUGGCCAAUUAGCUACGUGCAUAAGCAAGGCCCACCAAAUAACACUGCCCGCCAUCAACCUUCGCUGGUUGACAAUUUCUUAGAAUCACUGCAUUUUGAAAAAGAUCGUAUCCUGUUGAACAGUUCCGGUUCAUCGGCCCCUUACUCUACGGUAACUCCUCUCAGUAAAGAUACCAAUACUUCGAGUUUGCUGGAAUUCCAGAUCGUCGAUGUGAGCGAAACGCCGAAGAACGAUUCGGAUUCUUCAGUAAUUAGCGAAAAAACCAACAAUAUUACUGCCCUAAGCAACCAAUUCAGUUCAGUCAAACGGAUGCACAGUCAAACGACAGAACACACCAAAGAGAAAAAAAACGUAAAACGAUCUACGAGUAUAACUUGAAAGACGAUUAAAACAAACGAAAAUUAUCGAAUCGAUAAUUAAAUAUGAUCUGCUAAUAAUUUAUAAAAAUUGUACAGAACAAUAUUUAUUUAUUUUUUUUUUAAAAUUGCAGCAUCGGUAAGGAUUUUUUUGUACGGAUACUAGUUUAUUUUUUUUAAGUGAUAUUCGCUGCCAGGUAAUCAAAAAAUGCCAAUAUUUUGUUUUUAUGGUUAUCUAUUUCCAUAAAAUGAGUAUCUUGCAGGAUAAUUUAUCAAGUGAUAUUAUCGAUAUAAGGUUGAAGUACUGAAGAAAAAUCCGUCCAUUUUUACGUCGUGAAAACUUGAAGGUAACUACGAACCUAUCGUACAUGAAUGUUAACGUACGAUUAUUAUUUAUUACGAUAUAAGAGUAGGUGUAUAGUUUUAGUUCCUCUGUAAAUAUGUACCUAUUAUUUUUAUAAAUUAUUUCCAACGUGAGAUCGCAAACAUGAAAGAAAAGUGACGCGAUAUGAAUAUUUUAAAUUAUUAUCACACUUUAUUUUUUUGUGCCUGUUUUUAAUUGUGAAAGUUACCACUAUAGAAAUGAUACGUUUUUAAUACAAAUACUUUUCUUUUAAA